AUGGACGUAGAAGCGCUCAAGGACACGCUCCCCGCGCCGGCGACGGAGCCGUCGCCGGCGCCGCGCAAGAAGGGGAUGCACUGGCUGGUCGUGGUGAUCAACUGCGGGAUGCUCACGGUGGGAACCACGGGCGGGCCGCUCAUCACCCGCCUCUACUACAGCAAGGGCGGCCACCGGCAGUGGCUCUCGUCGUGGAUCGAGACCGCCGCCUGGCCGCUGCUGCUGGUCAUCGUGGUGGCGUCCUACAUCACCCGGCGGGCGCGCGACCCCAGCGCGCCGCUGCUGCUGACCCGGCCGCGGAUCCUGCUCGCCGCGGUGCCGCUGGGGCUGGCCAUGGGCGCGGACAACUUCCUCUACGCCUUCGGCCUCUCGUACCUGCCGGUCUCCACCUCCGCCAUCCUCAUCUCCACGCAGCUCGCCUUCACCGUCUUCUUCGCGUUCCUCAUCGUGCGGCAGCGCCUCACGGCCUCCUCCCUGAACGCCGUGGCGCUGCUCACCAUCGGCGCCGUGGUGCUGGGCCUGCACGCCUCCUCGGACCGCCCCGCCGGGGUUAGCAGGGGCCAGUACUGGCUGGGCUUCGUCCUCACCCUCGGCGCCGCGGCGCUCUACGGCCUCAUGCUGCCGCUCGUCGAGCUCACCUACAAGCGCGCCGCGGCCGGCGGCCGCGUGCUCACGUACGCGCUGGUGAUCGAGGUGCAGCUCGUCAUGACCUUCGUCGCCACCGCGUUUGGCACCGUCGGCAUGGUCGUCAACAAGGAUUUCCAGGCGAUCGCACGGGAGGCGCGGGCGUUCGAGCUGGGGGAGGCGCGCUACUACACGGUGCUGGUGUGGAGCGCCAUCCUGUGGCAGUUCUACUUCCUCGGCAGCGUCGGCGUCAUCUUCUGCGUCCACACCCUUCUCACCGGGAUCAUCAUCGCCGCCUUCAUCCCCGUCACCGAGGUGCUCGCCGUUGUCUUCCUCCACGAGAAGUUCAGCAGCGAGAAGGCCAUCGCCCUCGUGCUCUCCCUCUGGGGCCUCGCCUCCUACUCCUACGGCGAGUAUGUCGACGCCCAGGCCAACAAGAAGAAAACGACCUCGUCCGAAUCCCAGGCUCUUCCUAGUCCUAACUAGGCUCCUAGCAUAUAUUUCUAGAAAGAUAACGGUGCCUUUAGACAUUCCUAAACCUUCGAUAUGCAUGUAAAUAUGACACGAUCAGAAUCAAACUCCAUUCCCCUAGAAUAUAGCGGAGAUCUUAUCUUAUCUCA